AUGUUCAGCUGUUUCCUAACAGACAAAGCAGCUACUGCAUUACAACAGCAGGCGCUGCAGGUGAGAAACCACAGACUCAAUCAGUGGGGCCCAAACAUGACUCCUCUGCUGCUCUUCGCCCUAAUGCUGCUCGGUGUUCGGGCCAUGUCGGACUCUGAGGACCUAAAAACCCGGGAGCGGCUCUUCCUCAGCUCGCUAGGUCUCCCUGCGCGGCCGCAGUCCGCAGGGAGCCACCGGCGGCCCGUCCCCUCCGAGCUCUGGAGGAUGUUCCGGCGGUCAGAGAAGGAGAAGGCCCGGGAGGGCGACCCCUGCACGGUGUCUGAGUACGGGGUCCGCGGCAACAUCAUCCGCUAUGUGCAGGACCAAGGCAGGCUGGUUUCGGGUUGGAGCAUCAGCUGUCAGGCUUGUCUGGAGAAGCAGCUUUUCUUCAACAUGUCUGUCCUGCAGCCUGUGGAGCUGCUGUCUCUGGCUCAGCUGGAGAUCAAGCUCCACAUGAAGCCUCUGAGGCCCACGGAGCACCUCCAGGGGCCCCGAGUCGUCAGCAUGUCACUUUAUAAGGUGAUCCGAGCCACGCUGAGGGGAGCCAAUCCUCAGGCUAACCGCAGACUCCUGCUGUCGCAGUCAGUCCAGCUGCAGCUGGAGCCAACCAUCAUCACCAUGGACCUGACGCCGCUGGCGGAGAGUUGGCGCAAACCGGGUCACAACUACGGCUUGGUCGUGGAGCUCAGUCUGCUGGGCUCCGAACCAGAGGAGCUUAUCCCUUUUUUACCAGGCAACUCUCUCCCAUUAGAUGCGGCUCUAACUUUUCCUCUAAUCGAGGCCUCUCUGGUGGUCGUGUCCUUGAACCCUCACCAGUGUCGCUCCCGGCAGAGGAGAAGCGCCGUCCACCUCCCCGUGACGCCUAGCAACGUGUGCAAGGCUCGCCGCCUCUACAUCGACUUCAAAGACGUGGGCUGGCAGGACUGGAUCAUCGCGCCGCAGGGCUACAUGGCCAACUACUGCCACGGCGAGUGUCCGUUUCCGCUCAGCGAGAGCUUGAACGGUACCAACCACGCCAUCCUGCAGACCCUGGUCCACUCCCUGGACCCACAGGGGACGCCUCAGCCCUGCUGCGUCCCCAUCCGUCUGUCCCCCAUCUCCAUGCUUUACUAUGACAACAAUGAUAACGUGGUGCUUCGACAUUACCAGGACAUGGUGGUGGACGAGUGCGGCUGUCGGUGAGGCUGCUGGACAUUUUCUUUUUUUACUCGUUACCA